AUGAUGAUGAUGAUGAUGAUGAUGAUGAUGAUGAUGAUGAUGAUGAUGAUGAUGAUGAUGAUGAUGAUGAUGAUGAUGAUGAUGAUGAUGAUGAUGAUGAUGAUGAUGAUGAUGAUGAUGAUGAUGAUGAUGAUGAUGAUGAUGAUGAUGAUGAUGAUGAUGAUGAUGAUGAUGAUGAUGAUGAUGAUGAUGAUGAUGAUGAUGAUGAUGAUGAUGAUGAUGAUGAUGAUGAUGAUGAUGAUGAUGAUGAUGAUGAUGAUGAUGAUGAUGAUGAUGAUGAUGAUGAGGAUGAUGAUGAUGAUGAUGAUGAUGAUGAUGAUGAUGAUGAUGAUGAUGAUGAUGAUGAUGAUGAUGAUGAUGAUGAUGAUGAUGAUGAUGAUGAUGAUGAUGAUGAUGAUGAUGAUGAUGAUGAUGAUGAUGAUGAUGAUGAUGAUGAUGAUGAUGAUGAUGAUGAUGAUGAUGAUGAUGAUGAUGAUGAUGAUGAUGAUGAUGAUGAUGAGGAUGAUGAUGAUGAUGAUGAUGAUGAGGAUGAUGAUGAUGCUGAUGAUGAUGAUGAUGAUGAUGAUGAUGAUGAUGAUGAGGAUGAUGAUGAUGAUGAUGAUGAUGAUGGUGAUAGGAUGGAUUUCUCCGAUUAACUAUCUACAGAUAAUUUCAUUGGAAAAUAAACUCGUCACUAUUGGGUUGUAA